AUGGAAGACAGGGACUUGACACAGCAAGAAGAAACUAGAGGCAGAAAAGGGCUGAAUGACUGGAUGAUGAGAAAAGUAACUCCAGGCACGUGGUACUGGAAAGAUGAUACUAACACACUUGAAUUUGCAAGCUCCAAAGCAGCAGCUGAGAAAAACCUUAAGGAAGUUGAAAAUAUUCUCUUGCAGGAAAUGCGUGUCCGGACAUUAAAGAACAUCUUCCAAGAUGAUUGCAGUGCAAUCAGGCUGGCUGACACAGAGGGAAAAUUGCACAGUCUGUCAAAGUGGGUACAUCAUAAAGAUGUGAUGUUGGAUGAAGUCAAAUUGCAGGCUCUCGAGCAGCACCACUUCUGGUGGUGUUUACAUAAUCACAGUGACCUUUCUUGGAAUGAGAAACUAGAUAAAUUUCUCAUGGCCCUGCUCUUCUAUCUGUCUUUUGACCUGGAAAAAAUUGCCCUGGAAAAGAAAUGCAGAUCCUUGGUUUUGAAGAUCUUGCAACUAACUUCAAAAACAACCAAACAGUUUUCCAAAGCAGAGGUCAUGAAGCAUUUCCCCACCAGAGACAGUUGGUUGAUGUGCCUGGCAAAAGCAGUGGUGUCCAGGAUUCACCUUGCCAAGAUGUACUGUAGACUUAUCCUCCAAGGAGACCUGGCACAACAGCAUCGUGUACCUGGUGGAAAGCAAGCCAAGGAAAGCUUUCCUUUGUGGGCACCCUCACUUUGUCAAGGACCACAGCAGCCCAGGCCCCUGUUGAGUGGCACCAGCAGGCUUCUUUGCUCCAACAUGUUGGGUCCUGCCUUUAGAGACAGGAACAAUGUUCACUUGCAGAAAGCAGGAGUCCAGACUGCUGCUGCAAAGACAAUAAAACUUCAUGUCAAGCAUCCUUCCAUAAACGGCAUGGUUCACCAGCACUCACCAGUGCUCAGCAGGCUGCUGCCCUGACCAAAAGACAGUGCUCAAUACCCCCAGAACCACUUCUGUUGGGGCAGAGACCCUCAUCCUCACAGGUGUGACAGCCUGCUUGUCUUCUCUGAAUUGUUCACUGCCAAGGUGGGCAUCAUUGGAGCUCAUUGUAGUGAGUUAAAAUCUUCUAUUUAA